ACCGCCGGAUGUGACGUUCAGGACAAAGACCGUCCGUUUUUUGGGGUUGGCAUGGAUUUCGCAUGAUAAACCGAACUUCGUGCGCCCUGUUUGAACUUUUCUUGUAUAAUAACCCUUUAUCCUAAGUGUAAGUCGUCCCACUGAGCCGUUAUGGCGGUGAACAUAAUCAAGCUUGCAAAUAUUAGCCGUGGCUGCUAAACGAGCUUCUACGUACUGCUCGUCUUUUGGGGAAAUGUCCGCCAGGAAAGGGGAAGAAAAUGAAGAGAAAAGUGUCCAGAUUAAGACCCAGUCCGAACGAAGAGGCUCGGAUAAUCCGAGAGGAGCAAGAAAGGAGAAGAAAGCUGCGGAUACAGCAGGUGCGGGAGCAGCAGCGGUACAUUGCAUUGCAGAUCCGCCGAGAGGUUGAGCAGAGGAGGCAGUACGAGCUGCAACGACUGGAGCAGGAACUGAGGAAGGAGUGGGAGGAUGAGCAGAGGGAGAAGCUCCAUAAGCUGCAGAGGUUAUACCAAGAGAGCCUCCAGCUACUUGGCCAGGGGCACAGGAGUGCAAAAGAAAAUGAACCUGACCUGGCAGCCAUAGCUCAGAGGGAGGAGGAGAAUCACACCAAAGCAGAGGAACGUUAUCGAGAAGCCCUGAAGGAGCUCAAAUCACAGAGAAUUAAAGACCAAGAGAAGCAAAACCAAUUCAUCAAUACCAGGAAGAAGGCACUACAGGCAGAAAAGGAAAGAUCAGCAAAAGUGGCCAGUCUCCCUUUGCCUCCUCCAAAUCCCAUUCAGCAGAACGUCAGUCCCAAAAAGCCACAUAUUGUAAGGAGAUCUGAUGUGAGCGCCUUUGCUACCACACAUUACCACAUGUACAAGAGCACAGUGGACAGAGAGGUGGACAUAAACCAGCCUAAUGCCCAUGAGGAAGCUGAGCUACAUGUAAGAAGACAGCAGGACUUGGAGAAGGAGGAAAGGAGGAAGAGAGAAGAGCAGCUGGAGAAGGCUCGUCUCAGAGGGAGGCAGGCUCUGAGGAAGGAACAGCUCAUGCAGGAUCGUGAGCGUUUGUUGGUUGAACUGGAGCACAUGCAGCAGUCAGACCUGCUGAGGAGAAGACAACAGGUGUCACAAAUGCCUCCUCAGAUCUUCCAGCCUCUGUACAAGAGACAGGAGAUGCGGGAGGACUUCCAGAGGGAGAUGGAGUUUGCCUUUGAGGACAUGUACACUGGAGAGAGGAGGGUUAAAGGUGACCUGGUGGUCCAGCUGGCACCCGAGCCUCUUCCAGCCCACUCCACAAGCAGCCAGGACCAAGAGCUGGAUGUCACACUGGAUGAAAUCGCCACACCUGAAACAAAAAACACACAAUAUGACAGAGAGCAAGAACCUGGAGGCACUGAGCAGGAAACAGCUGCUGAAGUGGAACCCCCGAAACUUGCUCCUAGACGAGCAUUAAAGAAACUCCUGGAUCGUAUCAGGAUCCAAAGGAACCAGUGGACUGACCACAGCAGUUGCAGCUCUGCUGCUGAUUCACCAGCCCUGAUCAGAGAUCAGAUCCCAGAGCGUGACACAACUAUUGAAACAGGUUCUCUGAUCAGUGGGGAAAGAGACAAAUGGACUCCAAUCGCGCUCCGGGAGGCUGCCUGCUCUCCACCAGCAACAUCGGAGAAAAUGCUAGUGCCAUCGUCAGCUUCAGAUACUCAGCUUCCGGAUGUUCUGGCCAAGAGAAUCCAAGAGUUUGAAGAAGAACAAAAGAAACGGGAAGAGGAGCUUGAGAUGGAGAAACAGCAGCAGAUGUCUCUGCUGCAAGACCUGGAAGAGCAGAAGGCCAAGUUGGAGCAGAUGUUGCUUGAAGCUCAGCAGGAGAGAGAAUGUCUGAAGGCUGCUGUGACCCAAGAAGAACCAAUUAUCCAACCAGAAGUCCCUGUUCAUGUCCAUGAUGUCAUCUCUGACACCCCUAAUUUAGCCACUGACGUAGUGCAUCCUGCAGGUAAAGAUGACCACAGCCGAAGGAUCAGAGAAUACCAGCAGCGAUUGAUAGAACAAAACAGAAUGCACCAAAGAGUAGAAGUGGCUCGCCAGUGCCUGGAGGAAUACCAGCGAGCUCUACAAAUUCGUUACAACAUGACCGCCACUUCGUUGCUGCCUGCUGUCGUGCCUCCAGGCCUCAAUCACCCACCCCUGCACAACACACAGUGUCUUCAUCUUCCAGGUCAUGUACAGGUUCCGCCAGCUCCUGCAGGGCCUGUGAACAAUCAUGUUAUACCGCAAAUGUCUGUGGAAGUUUCCACAGGAGAGUCUGACACAUUAACUUCACUUCCCAUCCUACCUGAUUUCAGUCUGGCUUCCAAGCCGCUGCCAGAUGAAGAUGAAUCUGUCUCAGAUGGUCUGAGAUACCAGAGACUAAAUGUCACUUCCUGGCUGACUGACAGCAUAAUGGAGAAAGUAACAGAGCACCUUCCAGAGAGAGUGAGACCCCUGUCAGUCACCAAAGAGCCGCUACCUUACAAACUAUAUACAAAACCUCACUCAAGUGAAGGCCCACUGCAGCCAUCUUGUGAACCCAUCCAAGCCAUGAGAUCAAAUGUCAAAGAGGUUACACCUCUGGUUCCAGGCCAUGAGCUGGCUGAGCCACUUGCUUCUCUGUACACUGAGUCUCUAAGCAUUAGAGAGGAUGACAUGCAGAGGCAGAGACGAGAGCUGCAGGAAGCCCAGAGACGAGUACUGGAGCAGAGGGAGGCAAUGAUGCUGCAACAGAGGCAACAGGAAGAGGCAAGGUGGAGACAGGAAGUGGAGAUGGCACAGAUGAGGAGACAAAAGGAGACAUUGCAGGCUCUGAUUAAUGCUGAUGCAAAACCAGUUUCUCAGCCUGAUGGUGAAACGGUGGUUUCAGAGAACACUAAUCAGAAACGCCUCCAGUUACUUGCAUCCCUGCUGAAGGCCAUAGAGGAGUCUAAUGGAGGAACGUUAUCACACCUAGAAGACUCUAAGGAGAAAGACACUUUCUCUGAACAGCAGCUGUCUAACAGCAGUCAAACAGUUCAGAGUGAUGUUGCUGCUGGACCUACCCUGCCAUCAGUCCUCCACUCAGGAAUCCUCCACCCUCCACGAGCAGCAAAGCCCCCCGUGACACGUGUCAGGCUGGGUUUCUUGGAGAUGAUGACUGAACAGCAUGAGCUCAGUGCUAUUCAGGAGGUGGAGACUUCAGUUGACACCAGCCAACACACAGGCCCAGAUGAUGGUGCGACAGUUCCUUCUCACGCUGCACACUCGGAUCAGCAGGAGGAGUUGGAAUCAUCUGUGGUUUCUGACAGGACUCUGCAGACACCCUCAGCAUCCAGCAGUGGACAGAAGACAUCUGAAAGAUCAGCCAGCUUGGGCACAAGCUCAGGGAGAUCCAGCCUCUGGAGAGAGAGACUGCUGCUGUCAGGGGCGGCGGCGUCUCCAGAAUCCUCCAUCUCUGAUUUGGUCCCAAGAAGAAAGUCCCCAAUUUCCUCUGACUCUGGGAGAGGAGCAGACUUCUUUGGUCCUCCAGUAACGAGCUACAGAUCCCCCACAGAGUCUCCAAACAGGCCUCGAGGGUCUGACAGCCUCUCCUCUACCAGCAUCUCCACCGGCAGCUACAUCACCACUGACUCAGAGCAGAACGUAAACACCGAUAAAUCUCUUCCCCAUAAACACACUGAAGGACAAGAAAGUGGAGAUUUACGAGGCAUCUCUUCUCUGUCUGGUCAGAGCUUAUGUUUGAAGGAAAGCUCACCAGCUGGCCCUCCUGGUCUGUCGGUAGACUCUGUGUUCAAUGACAGCAGUAUUCAGUGCAUUAUAGACAAAUAUACAAGGGAACUUGACCUUUCCCUCAACAUGGCUGGAAAAACAGACAGUGAAGGCUCACGUUUGGCGGAAACCAGUGCUUUGGUCUCUCAGCAGUCUUUGGUUCGAGUCUUGGAGAGGAGAGGGGAGGACAAAAGCUCCAGACGACAUCAAUCUCUUCUCUCAGGCGCAGCAGGAACACAGAGGAGGGCCCUGGAAGUGCACAAUAGAGUCAAUCCCAAUGUGGAGGAGUUCUCUGGUGAGGUCUUAUCACCAGCUGAGGACCACAAGCAGGCUUCUUUCCGGCCUCUGAUUGGCCAGUUAGCAGACCAGUCAUCCUGCCUUGCUGCUGACCGGCCUCUGAUUGACCAGUUAGCAGACCAGUCAUCCUGCCUUGCUGCUGACCAGCCUCUGAUUGGCCAGUUAGCAGACCAGUCAUCCUGCCUUGCUGCUGACCAGAGAAACACGGCCCUGGAGCAGCUGGUUGGUCAUCCAUCGGCUCACUCAUCAAUGAUUGGUCACUCUCCGGGUCAGUUGUUCUCCCUGAGCAUGGGUCAAGGUGGAUGGGAUUCUACUCUGAGUCGGAUGAUUGGUCGGUUCUCCCAUCAGUCCAGCUCUCACUGGCUGAGCAGUGUGCAAGACUUUUAUGCAGGUCACCUGAUAGGUCAGAUGGUGUCACAUCAGUUGACCUCAUGGUUGGAUGAAGCUCCGGACGAGAGCCAGAUGAGACCCUUGGUAGGAGAGCUGGAUGAGUCCGCCGGCCAGUACAGUGGAAGCUCAGGUGAAAGAAGUCGUGUAGCUAUUUGUGUCUCAGAUGAGGUCAGUGUGCCAUCGCACCCAACGCUGCCUCCUGAAGUCUCGUCACACAGUGCCUCUGUUCCGGCUGUGAGCUCACAGACGCAGGAUUCGACACAGCAGAGCCCAACCAGUUUAACAGACCUCGACUCAGGCAGGGCUGAAGAGUUUGUAGGUUCAGAUUCGUUCCACCCGCUUUUGGCAGAGGUCACACACAAUGAAACAGCAGACCUCUCCAUGACCUUUCACCAGCCCAGACGCAGCGUGUACAGUUCUCCUGACGGACAUCCAGCCAGCAGGGACUGCAGUGUUACCACACCUGUAGAGUUUGAUUCACAUUCUGAUCCUUCGUCUGUGGAGUCUGAACCAUCGCCUGAGUGCCUUCGAGCGGAGGAGCCAAACCGCUGCACAGCGGCUUCAUCCACCUUACACGAAUCCUUCUUUCAGUUUAUUACCACCCAGUGCCAUCCCCAGGAGUCUGUCCUUAUAGUGUCUCCCACCAUGGGGACAGAUGUUGAGCAAACAGCUGUGAUUCUGUCAAAUUUAUCCAUGUGUGAUGAUACGCCUGCUCUGGUUGUGUCGCACCCAGAGGAAAGGCUUGAAGGCUUUGUUCCAUUCGGUGCUGAAGAAUGUCAGUCUGAUCAGGGUCCAAACCUGAGGAAUGCUUCUUCUAUCUCAGAUAAGAUACUGGAAGCAGCCAAAGAGAAGGGGAUCCUGGAGCAGUCCGAGAUCACUCUGGUGAGCCUGACGGACACCACGCUGCAGGACCAGGAGACCACCAUCACAGAGGAAGAGGAAGAGGCAGUUUGGGUAAUCAAGAAACCAGAUGGAAAAACUAAGGAAGGGCAGAAAGGCCAAAAGAUGGAGGGGGCCGAAUCUACAUUGAUACCCGAGGAGACUCCAACGAAUGACAGCCAAACACAUUCAGUGACAGUCCUAGAGUUUCACUGGGGUCUGGGCCAAAGCCACCAGGAGGUCAACCAUCACAAACUCGCAGCUCUGCUCCAGAGAUCCAACUGCAGGGUAGAGGAAAUCAAGGCCAAAGUUGCUCUUGCCAAAACUCAACGUGAGCUCCAAGCUUCAUCUGAAUCCAUUGAGCAGCCUAAAACUAAAACAUCUCAACCAGUCAUCCGUAAGGCAAAAACUAAAGCAGAGCCUCGGCACAAGGCCAGUAUGAAGUCAAAGGGAGGACAGGCCCCACAACAAAUGGGGAAAUCUGGUUUCAUCAAGGAGAAAAAACCCCAGCUUCUUCCACCAGUGAAUGUUUGUGGACCACAAAAGUUGGAUGAAGUGAAGAUCUGCUCGUUGGAGCAAUGGAAACACAAUCUUUCUGAGAUGCACCAAAGAACUCAAAGACUGUAUGAACAGCUGGAGGAGGUGAAGCAUCAAAAAGCCAUCAAGAGCCGACAGGAAGAUUAUGCAAAAAACAGACUGAAAGCUAAGGAGUUCCAUAAGAAAACCUUACAGAAGCUUCGUGCCAAGCAGACCCAACAGGGAUCGACUUUGAAUGUGUCAUAGUUUAUUUUGCAGAUGUUAUAGUUGUAUCAAUAAAGCAUUUUAAGUUAUUUGCAAUGAAACUGAAUCAGAUCAUUU